AUGAAUGAUUCAGAAAAGAAUAAUUUAGAAGAUAACAAAGAAAACAGCAGUAAGAAUGACCAAUCGUUUCCAAAUCUUGAUGAAGAAAAUAAGCCUACAGAAAAAGUUAUUAAUGAUUUAAUAAUCGAAAAUCAAACAGAUCAGAUGGGUAUUUCACCAUCAAAAAUGGGAAUCGUAAAUGAUCAGAAUCGUUUAGAUAAAAAUAAAAAACCGUUGAAGAGGAAAAAAGUUUUGAAGGAACUCAAACUAAAAAAGAAAUUUAAAAAAAGCAUCAAGUUCGUCAAAGAUUCUAAGGUAAAUAAUAAUUCAUCUACGUUGAAAAGCAUAACUAUCAGUGUAACCGAAUCUUUAAAUAAAACUCAAAGACCAAGUACUGCAACUUCUUCAACCAAAGGUUCUACAGUUGAAGAAGAAUGCACUCUUGCAAUUAAAGCUUCCAAAGUAGCAGGAGAAAAAACGGACUCAGAAGAUGUAACUUCUAACAUAUCUAAAGAACAAAGUGCCCCUGGAAUUAAAGCGUUAAAUAUCACUGAAGUUAAAAAUACUUCUGUUGUUAAAGUUGCCAAUGAUGCUAAAGAAUCAAGUCCCAUUAUCACGAACCAUCGGAAUUCGCAAAUGAAACCACACACGUUCCGGAAGUAA